AAAUAAGUAGCCUCCUCUUCCCCUUCUCUCUUUGUCUCUCUGUCUCUUUCUCUCUCCCUCUCAGAAACUCUUUCUCCAAAAAUGGCAGAGCCAAGUUUCUAUAUCGGAGUCAUAGGAAAUGUAAUCUCCGUACUCUUCUUCCUCUCACCAGUGGAGACAUUUUGGAAAAUAGUGAAGCGGAGAUCGACGGAGGAGUACAAAAUCUUGCCGUAUAUUUGCACGUUGUUGGGAUCAUCGCUAUGGACAUAUUACGGCAUCGUCACUCCCGGAGAAUAUCUUGUCUCCACCGUUAAUGGCUUUGGUGCUAUCGUUGAAACCAUCUACGUUUCACUUUUUCUCUUUUAUGCCCCUCGACAUCUCAAGUUAAAUACAGUGGUAGUAGUUGCGAUGUUGAACGUGUUUUUCCCAAUCGCAGCGAUUGUGGCCACGAGAAGUGCGUUUAAAGAUGAGAAGAUGCGUUCUCAAUCGAUAGGUUUCAUAUCUGCUGGUCUAAACAUUAUAAUGUAUGGUUCUCCUCUUUCUGCUAUGAAAACAGUAGUGACGACAAAGAGCGUGAAAUACAUGCCGUUUUGGUUGUCGUUUUUCCUCUUCUUAAACGGCGCGAUUUGGGCUGUCUAUGCUUUACUCCAACACGACGUUUUCUUACUCGUGCCAAAUGGAGUGGGGUUUGUGUUUGGGACAAUGCAACUCAUACUUUAUGGAAUUUACAGAAAUGCCAAACCGGUUGGUUUAAACAACGGUUUAAGUGAGAUUGCUCAAGAUGAAGAGGAGGGUCUCACAUCACGUGUUGUCCCUCUCCUCUCUUAAAUCCAUUUUUUAUUCGUCAAGAGCUUGUUAGUUUGGGUCUUAUAAAUAUAAAUCUUUAUA